GUCUACUACCGGAAAUUCAGAAAACGUUUCAACGGAGUGUUUUCAGCGUGCAGACUUAAGAGAGAGGGCUCUAAGCCUGCCAUUACUGGUCAGGACUAAAAGGACAAGUAGCAUUAACUGCUCCGUAGGUUUACAGCCAGCCAAGUAGUCCUAGGCCCGGAACACCAUCAUCCAAGAUGGACUCCUGGGUUCGGUUCAAUACCCAGAGUCAGGGCAAGGAGAGAGUUUUGAGGGCUGCACAGUAUGCUUGCAUGUUGUUGGGCUACACUCUGCACAAAAGCAGUGUAGCCACUGACCUCCAAAGAACUAUCAGUGAACUGGAAGCACAUAUGAGCCUGACAAGAAAGUUGCUGCGUCUGGGGAACUCUGUGGAGGCUCUGCAGGCAGCCAAGACGACCAUUCACCUUUCUGACAGUGUUCUGAGGCUGUGCCUUACCAUUGGUCAUCUGAACAGAGCCAUGUACUUUGCUUGUGAUAAUGUUGUGUGGGCAGGGAAAAUUGGCAUAAUUUCCAAACUUGAUCAACAGAAAUGGAGUCAUAGAUCUUUCAGGUACUACCUAUUUGCUCUGAUUCUCAAUGUCACUCGAGAUGUGUAUGAACUCUGCCUGCUCCUGGACUGCGAGGAUUGUUACAGAAGUACCAAAUCACCAUUGUCUACUAGUCCCAGCAGUGCCAUCCUUGCUGACCAACUGUCUUCAUCAUCAUCAUCUUCUUCCAUUCCAGUCACUCCGACUCCUGCUGUCAUGUGGGUCUGGCUCCGCAAACGCAUCCAUCAAAUAGGAACUGUCCUGUACAACAACCCACCACUCCUGUUGGACCUGCUGAAGAAUGGCUGUGAUAUUUUUAUUCCACUGGAUAAGCUGGGGAUUUAUCAAACUGGCCCAGGGUUUGUUGGGACUUGUGGGUUGCUGUCAUCAGUCCUCUCUAUUGUCACCAUGCUCCACCCAUGGCUGAAACUCAAGCCAUGAACCCAGAUAAACCAUACACAAUGGGUCAUCGCACCAAAUUCUGUGAAAGAAAGGGUGUCCUGCCAUCUCUGUUUGAUGUUACGGUUCCAUCCACCAGUAGGUGGUUUGUCAUUCCAAACAAAACAUUUUCUUGCUCCACCUGGGGCCAAAUAUAUUAAAAAAGAUACCAACAAAUGCAUGUCACUAAAACUGUGCGCACACUACAGAAAUGUUUGACAGUUUAAAUGUUAAUUUUUUAUUGGUUCAUUGGUUUAUUUGUUUUAUUGGAAAAUAUAAUUUUUUUUUACUAAAACUCAUAAUAUCAUAAAGAUAAUUAAAAAUAGUUUCCAAACAUACAGAAAUCGCAUAGCAGGAGUUAGUUUUUCUGUCUACAGACCAGUUAUUAAUCUCACUGGACAAUGUGACUUUCUCUUUAAAAUGUACUGAAAAAGGUGGAUGGCUUUGUUGGAAAUUUAGUUUAGCAUCUGACCCCUGUUGUUGCAGUCUAAAUUUCAGUUUUUCAAAUAAUUAUCAGGUACUAAUAUCCAAGAAAUAUGUUAUUUCACACUCGUUUGAUACACCAUGACUUUUAACUCAUCAGUGUGCAACUCGAGUAUGUUAACAAGAUGCAGUGUCUAUUAUUUCUCUACCUUGUGGUGUGAAAAACCACAAUGAUAUGUUAUGUUAUCAUAUAAAGUACCCACCCUCCCCUUAUGUUUUUUUCCAGGGGUUAGUUUGUCAAUAAGGGAAAAAAAAAAAAAUCGGGACUAAAAUUUGUUCAGAAAAAAGUAAAAGAUUUUCAAACUUACAUCCCGGUGUUGGACUCAGGGGAUUCGACCUAAUGACCUCAGUAAAUACUUAACUUUACUGUGAUUACAGGUAUUAAUUUGUUCAGACAAUGUUAAAUCUUUCCUUUUUAUUUCGUGUUAGACAUGAGCCAUCUUGGUUGGAAAAUUUCCCACCCAGACUAUAUCUUUCAGUAAAGGAAACAAAGACGUGGCUCCAGAAGAAACAUAUCAAGGUCAUGGAAUGGAAUGGCCAUGAUAUGUUUCCUGACCUCAAUCCCAUUGAAAAUCUAUGGAGAGAGCUAAAGCUUCAGGUUUACAAACGCAAGCCUAAAAUUAAGAAUUUGGAGAUGGGCCAAAAUUACUCCUUAUAGGUGUGCACACCUUAUUAAAAAAACAAAAACUACUGCUUUCCAACAAGGGUUUUGCCACCAAAUAUUAAAUGUUUCACUGGGGGUGUCAAAUACUUAUUUCCUUCAAUAGAAUUCAAUUUCUCAUUUUAUGUAAUUUUCUGUUUUUCUUUUGAUACUCUGUGUCACUGUGAAAAUAAAGCUGGCAUAAAAUUCUGAGAUGUUUCAUUUUUUGUAUACAUUUUUUUGAAGUCAGUGGGGGAUCAAAUACUUAUUUCCUCCACUGUAAGUAAACAUACAAAAAGGUUGAACAUUUGUCCAACCUCUUUGUAAGGUCAAGAAUAUUUUUAUGCAUUUUCAUCAGACUUUAUAACUUUUGCCUGAACUGAUAUAUUCUCCCAGAUGAAUCCUAAGUUAGUAUAUGUAACUGGAGCACAACACAAUGUUACAUUUCUGACAAUGGAAGGCUGACAAUUUGGACGGGAUCAACAGGAAGAGUGAGGUCGUUGGGGAGGAGUAAAGAGGCAAAAUAGGAAGAGGCAGAGGAGGAGAUGCCAAUUUCCAUCACGCCAUCAUAUGGUAGUUUGUAAUGUAAAGGUUUGUGUCCCACAACAGGAUGCCGGUGGAGUUUCUAUCACUUUACUCUUCAUUUCUCAACCCCAAUGAGGAAUAUUUUAGAUUUUUUCUCAGCAUGUGGAGAUGGAAAUAUGGAGACACACCGCAGUUCCCACAGCACUGCAUGUACAAUUUUCCUUAAAAUCUUAUAUUCCCAUUUUUACUUCUUUGUGCUCUUUUUUUUUUCCUUCUAUCAAUGAUCUGUCAAUAAAUUACUGAACAAAGUAAAA